CAGAGCGCGAAAUAGCGCCAGUGUACUCUGGGCCAUCGCAAUUGCCUGGCCGAAACCGUAACGAAACUCUGACGCGGGGCAGAUAAGCAGCUCGUCAAAGGGCAAUAAUCAAUAAACGUGCAAUUCAAACAUCACUUCCCGCAAUACGAGUAUAUGGCUUGAUUAGAUCGCAGUUGAUUGUGAAAUAACUGCUAAAAAAAAUAGUAGCUUCCAUGUUUUUUUUUUGAUGUAACGGUCUCGUCCAAGCUCGUCCCCGCAGAAACGAAUGUUCGUACAUUUUCCAACUUGCAGUUUCCCCAAUUUCGGGGGUGGUUUUCCCCGUGUGUCUCAGUGUUUGUGCGCGUCCGUGGAGCAGCGCAAAAGAGGAAGAAAAAUCCAUGAAUAUAAAAGUCGAGUGCGCUAGCCGUUACACUCGUACUCGUACGUGAAAAAUAACCGUUGUUACCCUUGCCGCAACCGUAAAUUUCCAUUUAGCCAAGGAACGUGAAAAUGUCUCUGGAGGAUCCGUUUUUCGUAGUCAAGGACGAGGUAUUCAAAGCUCUGAACAAAACACGAGGCCUUUACCUGCGUUGGCGCGAGCUGGGGGAGGACGGCGGAGCGGAGGUUGAAUGGACCACCACCGAGCUGCGUAACUCGCUGCGGAGCAUCGAAUGGGAUCUCGAGGACCUCGAAGACACUAUCAGCAUUGUCGAGAAGAAUCCGACCAAGUUUCGGAUCGACAACCGCGAACUCUCCAGCCGGCGCCACUUCAUCGACAACACCCGCGAUGAGGUCAAGCAGAUGAAGGAUAAGAUGAGCCUGAACCGGAACAGGGACAGAGACAUAACCGCACAUCAGCCGCUCCUCGACAACGAUCGCAACAAUCCCAAUCAGAAUCAACCAAAUCAUCACACCAUCUCCAAUACCAACACCAACUCAAACGAGUACCAUCUCCAUCCGCACAACGAUCGCACUUACCUGGUGGAGUGCCCCAGCGCCCUGAACGGCAACUCACUGAUCAACAGCGGCAGUCAGGCGGUGGCCAAUACCAUUGCCGGCACCAUGUCAGCAGCGGCAGCAGCUGCUUCCCGCCACAGCGGUACCAAGUACUCGAAGCUGGAGAAUGCCCUGGACAGUCCCAGUCAUUAUGGGCAGCAGCAUCAAGCCAGCAGCCUGGACAGUCCCGGCCACAAGUAUGUGGGCGAGACAGUGUCCAUACAGCAGCGCAUGAUCCAGGGCCAGGAUGAGCAGCUCGACAUGAUCAGUGAUUCCAUUGGCACCCUGAAGACUGUAUCGCGGCAGAUCGGCGUCGAGUUGGAUGAGCAGGCUGUGAUGUUGGAUGAUUUUGGUAACGAGUUCGACACAACAGAGUCCAAGCUGGACACGACCAUGAAGAAGGUUGCCAAAGUGUUGCACAUGAAUAAUGAUAAACGUCAGUGGGCUGCCAUUCUCAUCCUAACGGGGCUGUUAUUGUUUGUGAUAAUUCUAUUUAUUAUUUUGUAAUUGCGUUUUGUUUCGAUUGUUUCCAAGUCACUUAUUUUUAAUGGUAUUUAGUGUAAAUUAGUUUUAUUAGUUAAUGCUUUGGAUUCCACUUUGUUUGGAUAUUCGCAAGUAAAUGCUAUAUUUUAUAUUCAAAUGAACUAUCAGCAGAAUCCAAGUAAACUAACUCCCUUGCUGUAUAUACACGUACCAUAACUUUUAAAUCAAAGUGUACAUGCCUCUACACACACAUGCAUACAUACAUCUAUAUCUAUACUGAUUUCUGAAUACAUAUGCAUUUCCAAAGUUAAAGACAAAGACCGAACCGAUGAUCAUGUAAUAAAAAAGAAAUAUAUAUAUAUGUAUACGAAUUAAUCAAGAUUUUCCUGUCUGUAAUUUCCCCAAUUUGGCCAAAGGAACAUGUACAUACAUCGAAGAAUAUAUCGUAUACACACACCUACACAAACAAACAUAUAUCAAGCGAGUUAUUUAAUGAAGAGUUUUAGCCAAUUCCACUAAUAUAGCAAAAACUUGUAUGCAGUUGAG